GUUUGACAAAGUGGACCGAAACUUCACGAGGCCGAAUUGACCUGGGCCUAAAUAUUUAAGCGGGUCACAAGACACUAGGAACGCCUGCUUGGAACAUUGAGAGCAAUAUUCCAUAGAGGUAGUACAAGUCACCAGCAGUCUGCUGCACUGGUCACCUAGCCAGAGGGUGUGGGUGAGAGUGUUCCGUAGACAGAUACAAUCCUAAAAAGUGUUUUACUUUCUCAGGAAGUUAGAGUACCCAUUAAUGCCGCUCAUGUUUUUUCGUUAUUUACCAUGUAAUCAAUCGGAAAAAAGGAGGAACGGCUAUAGAAGAUAACUUUAGAGUAGAACCCAAUGAGAAUCUCUAAUUUGACAUCAGUACAAGUAUAUUGUCAACAGAAGCUAUAGCAUGCAAGGCUCUACCCUGCACCAUACAUAAAGGACCAUGAACCCUCGAAGCACUGCCCAGGAUGUGGUGCGUUGUGAUGUGUGUGAUACUCCAGUCCCCCCACUACACUGUGACUUCUGUCAGACCAAUCUCUGCAAAGCUUGUGUUGGGGACCAUGUGUUGGAUUUAUCCAAAAAACAUCACCUGGUACCGUUUCAAGACCGAGGAUCUACUCCAAAUUAUCCUAAUUGCUCAGAGCAUGUCAAAGAGAUGUGCAGACAUUAUUGUGAAGAAUGUGACAUUUCUCUCUGUGUUUAUUGUACAGCCACUGGUACUCACCAAAAUCAUAACUUAAUAGACAUUUUUAGCAUCCUUAAAAGAAAGAAAAUAGAAUUACAAGAAGAUCUAAAAGAAUUAGAAAAAUCUAUCUCUCCUAAAUAUCAAGAGAUUGUAAACAAUAUCACAGUUCAGAAAACUGAUCUAAGUAAAAACUCCCAGAAAUUGACAACAGCAAUAGACAAACAUGGAGAAGUCUGGCACAGAGAAAUAGACACCAUUAUACAGAAACUGAAAGCUGAUCUUGAUGAAAUGGACUCCAAACACCUGGCUGUCUUAAACAAACAGGAAGAUGAAAUCACACACACCAUUUCUGAAAUCACACAGAGCAUUGCAGAUCUGAAGAAGUUACUGGACUCCAAUGAUGUCAGCCGUGUCUCUGCCUACAAAUCCAGGAUUGCUGAAUUCAGAAGAUUGCCUCCUAAACUCACAGUUUCUCUACCAAACUUCACCCCUCAGAAAAUUAACCCAGAACAACUUUACCAGCAAUUUGGUUCCCUGUCAGCAUUCUCCAUUACAACAGAGGAACACGGCUACACCAUGGAAACCUCAGAAGCUGGAUCCUCUCCUCUCAAACCACUGCUUGAUGAGCCACGGAUCAUUUCCACCAUACAGACACGGUAUGGAGACCCUUCUAAUUAUCUAACCAGUGUUACUUGUCACAGUGAUGAAGAAAUCUGGGCGUGUAGUUAUUUUGAUAAUAUGAUGAGUCUCUACAACCUGCAGGGGAAACUAGUGAAGUCAGUCCAAACCAAGUCAGGGUACAGUCCAUGGGACAUAGUAGUGACAAGGAAUGGGGAUCUAGUUUAUACUGAUUACUGGGAUAGAACUGUGAACAUAGUGAAGAAUACACAGAUACAGGCAGUGAUCAGACUACGGGGGUGGAGACCUCGCGUUGUCUGUAGUACCUCCUCUGGUGACCUCCUGGUUGUCAUGGACAGUGAUGAUAGAAAACAAACAAAAGUUGUGUGUUACUCUGGCUCCACAGAGAAACAAAGUAUUCAGUACGACGACAAAGGACAACCUCUCUAUUCAUCUGAUAACAUUAAAUACAUCAGUGAGAAUAGGAACCUAGAUAUCUGUGUGUCAGACUAUGGAGCCCGUGCAGUAGUGGUGGUCAAUCAGGCCGGGAAACUCCGGUUUACCUACACUGGUCCUCCCUCUACUACCAAGAGAUCAUUCUAUCCAUGCGGCAUCACAACAGACAGCCAGGGUCCCAUCCUGACAGCAGACCAUAACAACGACCGUAUCCACAUCCUGGAUCAGGACGGACAGUUCCUCCGCUACAUUGACAACUGUCAUUUACAGAAUCCAUGGGGUUUAUGUGUGGACACCAGAGACAACCUCUUUGUGACCGAGUACAACACAGGUAAAGUGAAGAAAAUACAAUAUCUGAUGUAAACAUACUGUGUGUAUGUAUUAUAUGUAAACAAUAUGUGUGUGUGUAUUAUAUGUAAACAAUAUGUGUGUGUGUAUUAUAUGUAAACAAUAUGUGUGUGUGUGUGUAUUAUAUGUAAACAAUAUGUGUGUGUGUAUUAUAUGUAAACAAUAUGUGUGUGUGUAUUAUAUGUAAACAAAUUGUGUGUGUGUAUUAUAUGUAAACAAUAUGUGUGUGUGUAUUAUAUGUAAACAAACUGUGUGUGUGUAUUAUAUGUAAACAAACUGUGUGUGUGUAUUAUUUGUAAACAAACUGUGUGUGUGUAUUAUAUGUAAACAAACUGUGUGUAUGUAUUAUAUGUAAACAAACUGUGUGUGUGUGUAUUAUAUGUAAACAAUAUGUGUGUGUGUAUUAUAUGUAAACAAACUGUGUGUGUGUGUAUUAUAUGUAAACAAACUGUUUGUGUGUAUUAUAUGUAAACAAAUUGUUUGUGUGUAUUAUAUGUAAACAAAUUGUGUGUGUGUAUUAUAUGUAAACAUACUGUGUGUGUGUAUUAUAUGUAAACAAACUGUGUGUAUGUAUUAUAUGUAAACAGACUGUGUGUGUGUAUUAUAUGUAAACAAACUGUGUGUUUGUAUUAUAUGUAAACAAACUGUGUGUAUGUAUUAUAUGUAAACAAACUGUGUGUAUGUAUUAUAUGUAAACAAACUGUGUGUAUGUAUUAUAUGUAAACAUACUGUGUGUGUAUUAUAUCUAAACAAACUGUGUGUAUGUAUUAUAUGUAAACAAACUGUGUGUGUAUGAUAUGUAAACAAAUUGUGCAUAUGUAAUAUAUGUAAACAAACUGUGUAUGUAUUACGUGUAUAUUUAAACAAAUUGUGUGCUUGUAUCUAGCCAAGUAUAUACAAUUAUAGACAAUACUUUUUGUGCUUUAAUACUGGUAAAUUGGAAAAAAAAUGUCUUUUGUUUUGAAUUAGCUGCUGGUCUGUAACUCAUGGUCUGAAAAAUUUGGGAUUGACGACUUGGCCGUGGUGAAGUAAUCUUAGACUGAAGUCUAAACUUGUACACUGUCCUAUUCUCUUGGAAAUAAAUUAAAUGCUUUUGAAAUGUUUCUCAGUAUUACCUUGAUAGUUACAAAUUUUUAGGGUAAUUUAAUGAUAUAUUAUUAUUUUGUGAACGAUAGAAAUUUAGAUUUAAGUCUAAUAAUGCCCCAUGAUCCCAGGGCCAGGCAAGUACAGUUCCAUGAUUUGUAUAUAAUUAGUCAAAUCAAGAAGGAACCUCUUUGUUCACCUUAGCCAUGCAUUCAGUUUGGU